CCAGAAAUCCCAAUUCCCACAUUUUCUCGGCGAGUUUUACUUUUCUCAAGAAACAGAAAGAAAAAGAAAAGGGCUUCUUGCGGCGAAAAUCAAAACUGCAAAUAGCGUCGAGCGAGUGUUCAUCACUCGUCCGAUGUAUUUGAACGACAAAUUAAUCGAAUUUCAUUUUUGAAGCAAAGAUUCUGGAGAUGAAGGACCCAUUGUCGAGGACCAAGGCUGUCGUACGGCGUUUGCCUCCGUCGCUGUCGCAAUCGGAUCUCUUCCAACAAAUCGACGAUCGCUUCUCCGGUCGCUACCACUGGUUUUGCUUCCGUCCCGGAAAGAACAGCCAGAAGCAUCAGAGGUAUUCCCGAGCAUAUAUAGACUUCAACAGAGCUGAAGAUGUUUUGGAGUUUGCUGAGUUUUUUGAUGGGCAUGUCUUUGUUAAUGAGAAGGGUGUUCAGUAUAAGACUGUAGUUGAAUAUGCUCCCUCCCAGCGUGUUCCAAAACUGUCUACUAGGAAGGAUGGUCGUGACGGGACCAUAUAUAAAGAUCCUGAUUAUCUGGAGUUCCUCAAACUCAUUGCAAAGCCCGUUGAGCAUCUUCCUAGUGCUGAGAUACAGUUGGAAAGAAAAGAAGCUGAACAAGCUGGUGCUCCUAAAGAAGCCCCUAUUGUUACACCCCUUAUGGAAUAUGUUCGUCAGAAACGAUCUAUUGAAACUGGAGCUCAGGGUUCAUUAGUUGUUAGGAAGAUCAGCAGAAGAUCUGGGGCGGGAUCUACACGAAAGCCUGGCUCAUCUUCUGCUAAACGAGCUUCUGAGAAGAAAAAGUAUAUAUUAAAGGAGAAAACUAAAAAUACAAGUCGGAAGGACAAGUCAACUUUCACUGUGGUGCCUAGGCGAGAGGAUCAACUGGCAACUUCAACAGGGAAAGAAACACAUGAAACUGAAAUUGUCUCUGCAAUUGAAGGUUCUGUUUCUGGUAUACCUGUGAUUGCUGAUUCUGGAAAGAAGAAAUUCCUGCUUCUUAAAGGGAAAAGGCCAGAAACACCUGUUCCAACGGGCAUGUUACAGCAGCAGGAUACAUCAUUUGGAAAUUCUCCUGUUUCAGCUGCUCCGAAACACAAUCAGAGGCGUGAGGCUGGUGGAAGGUUGAUCAGAAGCAUACUAUUGAAUAAUGAAUCUCGUCAAGCUCAGACUUCAACCCCAGGCCAGCAUCAGCAGAAAGUUCAAAUUUCGAACUCUGAAAAUGUGAAGCGGCUACCAAGGCCCUCCUCUAAUUCAAGGUCUGGGCUGAACGGCCAUGUCUCGCACAAUGACCCUGAAUGGGACAGAAAAAAGGAUCUAGAUGACAAGUUUACAAAAAAGGACCUGCAUAAUAUGAGUACUGCUAGCGAGAAGCCGGAAAAACGCACAAGAAAUAAAGAUAGGCCUGAUCGUGGCGUUUGGGCUCCCCUUCGUCGUGGUGAUGUUUCACAUUCAGGUGAGGAGCGCAUAUCAUCCUCAGUCUCACAACCUACUCACUCAGUCUCUGAUACUGUUGAAGGUUCUCAUAGAAAUUUUGGACGUCGCGGAACUGCCCACAAUGUGAAAGAUGAGGUCCCCCAAAAUGUGAGUGAGGGAAAGUCUUCUAAACGAGGGGCUACUGUUCAUGGUGCCCAUGAGAAACAAGUAUGGGUGCAGAAAUCAUCUGCAGGUUCCUAGGGUAUCUAGUUGAUAAUGGAGUUCAAUCAGAAUUAUAAUUCCUAAGUGUCAAGGAAUUGUUUCUCUUUGUGGCUUACACCCUCAAACGUCAUGUCAACAUCUCCGGUGCGCCAGCUGCAGUCUGCACUGAAGACAUCGUGUAAAGGGCAAAAAAUAAAGACGGCGUUUUGUUAUGCCAAAUAUAAGACCUGUUAUGCUUGUGGACUAGUGGUUAUGAUGCCCUAAUAUACAGUGGUCGUCAGGGUGCAGCAAAUGCUCAUUCGAAGGAGUGCAAGGUGACGUAUCCGAGGGACAAGGUGACAAAGUUUGAGGGAAAGAUUUUACAAUUUCUAAGCCUAUGAAUUUUAAUGGCCAUUUGUAUAUUAUAAAAGCAUGUGGUGAGGAAAAAAAAAUGCUUGGUAUGGUCUGAGGAUAUACUUGGUUUCGCCUUUGUGUAAUGGCACUAUGAAAAAGUGAACUGUAUGGAUGGAUGCUUCAUUAGGUAUGGAGUUCUCAUUUUAACAAAAGAAAUGUGUUGCAUCUUCUGCCGACUCACGUUCAUAAAUCCCAUGUAAUCGUUGAAGGGAAUAUAGCACGUUGGUUUUGUGAUU